GCUCUAUGCCAUAUUUAUUGGCCAUUGCCACCUUCGCCGCUGUCGAGGCGGACAGUGCGUCAAAACAGCUAUGGAGUCGGCGCCUCGUUUGCCGAUGCUUUCCUGUGAACUGAAAAGUAGUCCAUCAAACGCCGAAUUCGGUCCAGCUCUAAAGAAGUACAUCGCAGAGCAUUACCUUGAAGACCCCGAUUCCUACAGCAAUGAGAUUAGAGAACUGGAAGCCUUGCGCAUGGGUGCCAUCAAGGUUUCCAGAGAUUUCACAGGCUGCAGUGUACUUAAACGGUACUACUCGCAGCUGCUCUGUCUCCAAAGCCGAUUUCCCAUGACUGAUGAAGGAGCUGCCUGCGUUCCAUUCAUGUGGACUGACAUCUACUCGGGAAUGGUGUUCAAUAUCAUGGACAUCAAAUAUGAACAAGCCAGCAUCCUUUAUAACAUUGGUGCUUUACAUUCCAAGCUGGGGGCCCUUGAGAAUCGGAGCAGCUCAGAGGGCAUGAAGAUCGCCUGCACUCACUUUCAGUGUGCUGCUUGGGCUUUGAGCCAAGUGAAAGACCUUUUCCCCCAGCCCAAGGGCAGCGACAUGUCCCAUGACCUCUUGCUGUUCUUUGUUAACAUUUUCUUGGGCCAGGCUCAGGAAUGCAUUCUGGAGAAGUCAAUGCUGGACCGUCGCAAGUCUUCCAUCACUGCCAAAGUGGCCGCUCAAGUGGUUGAAUACUUCCGUGCGGCUGUGUCACUUCUUCUUGCUGGCUCGGCAAGUUCUGACUCUGGCUCCAUACAAGAGAUUGUUGGCACAAAAUUGAUGAAGCUUUGGAAGAAGAUCUUGGACUUCAAGAUGGCGUACUACUCGAGUGUCUCAUGCCUGCACAUGGGCAACCAAGCUGAAGAGGCUCAGAAAAUGGGUGAGCGCCAGGCCUGGUACCAGCUUGCUGUACAACAUCUCAACGAGGCAACUUCGAUUGCAAAGGGCCUGGAAGAGGAAAAUCUUGGAGAAACACUUUCAUUUGCAAUGGAUGUAAUCGGUGGAAAGUUCAAAGCUGCUAAGAAGGAGAAUGAGUUUGUCUACCAUGAAAGAGUACCACCUGUGGAGUCUUUGCCAGAAGUUAAAGGAGCCAACCUUGUCAAAGGCAUUUCAUUCAGCCCUACGGAUCCUGAAAUCAGCGGUCCUGACAUUUUUGCGCGGCUGGUUCCAAUGGAAGCCCAUGAAGCAUCUUCUAUUUACAGUGAGGAGAAAGCACGGCUUCUGCGCUCGGUAACCAGUCAUGUAGAGAGGAAGAAUGAAGAGCUUCAGGCCUUCCUGUCAUCUCUGAACCUGGACAAAAGCAUGCUGGUAAUGGAUCCUCAAGCAGUGCCACAGGAGGUUGUCCAGUGCUGUGCCAGGCUGAGUGUGUGCCCUACAGCCGUCAGUGACUUGGUGCUUACUAUCCAAGGCCUGAAGGAGCUCUAUCACAAUGUAGACAAGGACCUUGCACAAGUGGAGCAACUGUUGAAGGAGGAGCGGGAGAAGGAAGCAGCCCAUAGCACAGCAUUUGGCAAGCGGGCACCCUCAAACCUGGUGACCGAGCUAACAGCCGAGUUUGCCAAGUACCUGGAAGUGCACCAGCGCACUGCGGAUUCUAACAGCGCCCUGCAGAAGAGUUUGGCUGCCCACUCGGCAAACCUCAAACUGCUGGCUAGCCCUCUAGAAGAAGUGGACAAAGCACUGCCCUCAGUGUCACUGCUUGACGUGCCCAACAAUGAAGCUGUGGUGAAGGAGCUCUCUCACCUGCUAGACAAAGUUGAAGAGAUGAAGAAGCAGAGGCAGAUGCUACAUUCACACUUGAGGGAUGCACUUCAAAAGGACGAUAUCACUAGGCAAAUUGUUACCAGGAACAAAGGUGAAGAUCUUCAGACAUUUUUCGCAGCCGAACUAAAAAAGCAUGACCAGGAGGUGUCACUUUUGGAGCAGAAUUUGACAGCGCAAGACAACAUCCUGAAAGCAUUGACGCAGGCCAAUGCCCGAUUUGCGGAGACACGGAAGGCUGCCUCUGAUAUCCUAAAAAGGCGGGAAGCCAUGGUGGCAUCAUUGAUUGCAUCAUUUGAAGCUUAUGAAGAUUUAGUGGCUAAAACGCAAAAGGGUGUUGAAUUCUAUAAAAAGAUGCAGACAAAUGUGGGCAAGCUCCUGACCAGACUUCGCAGUGUUAUCAAAGUGCAGGAUGAAGAGCGUGCACUCCAGCUGGAAGCACAAGCACGUAAAGCUGGGAAACUAGGGGGCCUUCCCAGUUCAUCCUCAGGAAGCAUGAAGCUGAAGGACUUCUUGCCAUACAUGACAGGCCAAGGCAUGCCACUGCCAGCAGAAACAACUGGUACUUCUGCCUACUACUCCACAACCAGCUAUGCAGGUUAUCAAACACCACAAGUCAUACCUCAAGUGAGUAGUGAGAAAGGCACUGCUGAGACCUCGGAUAAAGCAGCAGAUGUUAUGGGCAUGGGUGUGCGUCCCACACCGCUUGGAUCUGAGCAGCCUUCUCCUCAGCUUUCUGUCCAAAGUGAUGGCUACAUGCCUGGUUCCUACACAACAGCGCCCUUCUCUGAAAGCUACUCAAGUUCUGAUAAAUACGGCAAGCCAGUGUCUCAGAUGCCUCCAAACAGCUCCUUGCAGCCUGGCAUUUCAAACAACCCAUCAAUGGCCUACCAUGCAGGUUAUACUGAGGCAACAUCAAGUGUAGCAUCUGUUGUGAAUGCUGCCAUGCCUGGCAGGCACUGUGCUGUUGUACCAAGUGAGAGGACACCGAUGGGACCCAUGUCAGAGUACCAUGGCUUCACAGAGUACACACCUUCAGGCAUGUACAAUCUGCCAACCAGCCCUGCAUCUACUCUGACCUACACUUUUCGCAAUAACAACCACCCAUCCCAAGGCCCUGAAACCUACCAACCACCUGAGAGCUCCACUUUCCUGGCCUCCACUAACAACACGUAUGCCUAUGGCCAGAGCGUGAUGAGCCCCCAGCAAGGUGCUCAAUCGGGUAUGUCCUACCAGUCUUAUCCCAAUGCAUCUGCAUCGUCAUCUCUUCCUGCCCAGUCAAUGUACUAUGGACUUGGUUAUGGACAGCACCCGUCAACGCUAAGCAUUCAGGCCCCCGUUUCAUAUGCUCAAAGCUACAACCCUCAGCAACAGGGCACGCGUGCAUUGACGCCCGGCCAACAGCCAGCAUCUGGAGAUAAUCAUCGUGCACCAAUGGCAUCUAUGUGUGGGGUCUACCCUGGCAGCUAUUAUGCUUGCAGUGCUGAUCAGCCUGAUGCACAGCAGCAGCUGGCCUUUCAAGCUGCAGUGCCACAGUCGUCAAACUUGCCUCCGGCGCAGGCCUAUGCCAACAGCUCGUGGGGCUACCAGUCCACUCAGAUGAUGCAGUACCCUUCUGCAAUGGGUUCAGCUUCUGGAACGGCCACAGUAGAGGCAACAGGUGUGGUACCUUUGCAGCCAGUGGCAGCUACACCAGCCACAGGCACUGCAGGUGAGGUCCAUGCACCACAACCCCUGCAGCCUGGGACCUAUGUGAUGGACUCCACUGUGCCUCUUGUGCCUGAGGCAGCCAAGAAAGACCUGCUUUCUGCAACACUUGACUCCACACAGGAUGUAAAAGCCCAAGCAGCUGUCCUUCAACCACAGGACAAUUCAGAUGUCCACCAACAGGUGCUUUCAAGUGAAAACUGGAAAGACCGGGGCAACAAAGCCGAGGAGAAAUCAGUGGAUGCACGUAUGUUUGGUAAAGAUCCUUUGUCGGACCCUGCUGCUUUGGAAAAGUUUAUUACAGAGGUAGAACGUUUUGAAAAGUACGUAGAAGGCCUCACAAAAAAGUCUCUUAAUGGUCCCACUCUCCUGGAACAGAAGUGGAAGGAAUACUUGGAUGCUCAAGACAGGGAGUCUCGGAAACUGUCAAUUUCAGUGGCACGAUGCUACCCAAUGAAGAACCGCAUUCCAGAUGUAAUGCCAUAUGACCACAACAGAGUUGCCAUGACAUCACAGAGGGAUGACUACAUCAAUGCUUCUUUUGUCAAAGACCUGACACCAUUUUGCCCAAGCUACAUUUUGACUCAAGCCCCUCUGCCAGCAACAUUCUCCGACUUUUGGGCAAUGGUAUGGGAGCAACAAGCAGAAACAGUAGUGUGCCUUCAAAAUAACCUCGAGCUGAAGAGCCACAUCUACUGGCCUGUGGAGAAAGGUCAACAAAUCAAGCAUGGAACACUUACUCUUUGCCUACAGUCUGUCAAGGAGAAACAGUUUUACAUUGAGCGUAUGAUGAACAUUACCAACAGUGAUAAUCCAAAGGUGUCUCGAGUAGUUAUCCACUUACAGCUUCUAGACUGGCCCCUCAGUGGGAGCCCAGCUAGUCCAGCACAGAUGCUCAACUUCAUUUCUGAAGUGCACAGCUUUCAUAAGACACAAAGGAAUCACUCACGGCCCAUUGUAGUGCAUUGCUUGGGUGGUGUUGGGCGGAGCGGAGUGUUCUGCCUUGUGUCAGCAGCCAUGAAGGAAAUAGCUGCUGGCAAUGGCCUCCUGGACAUUCUCAGCACUGCCAUCAAGUUGGCCCAGAGCCGCAAGCUUUGCAUUCAGGAGAAGGAGCAGUUCAAGUUCUGCCAUGACGUUGUCUUGUAUCAUGCCCAAGACUUGCUGAUAAAAAGAGGUAUCUUAACUAGUACACCAAGCUUUGGGGCAAAGGCACACACAGGCACACCUUCACAUGUACGCCACCCAUCGGAAGACUUCAUGCUGCGCUCGGGUGCAACCAGCCAGAGAGCCAGCAUUGUGCCUGAUACGCCAGCUGCCACAGCGACUACUUCCACUUCAGCUGAUGACACCUCCGAACAAGCCACCUCCACUCAACCAGAGACUGCAGUGCAGCCAGUGACAGUUGAAACCGAAACAGAACUUUCAACAUCUAGAGCUCCAGAAGGCGGAAGGGAAAUCAGCAGUGACCUCUCAUUUAUGCCCGAGAUCAUCGAUGAGCAGGGUUCUACUGCUGCAGCUUCAGCACUGGUCAUUCCAGCUGUUGAGAGCAAGGACAGUGGGUUGACCACAGUGGUUGAUCUCUUGGACCCUGCAACUUUUACCUUAGACCCUGGUCAUGGCACACCAGCCAAACAGAAGAUCACGCGAGAGAGCUUCAUGAACCCCCAGGGUACCCUGGCUCAAAGUAAACCUGACCCAAAGGACCCUCUGAGCCAGCUAGACCCUCUGUGGUCACUCAAGAAGGGGAAAGAGUGAACUUUCCCCAGACAAGGUCUGCUGUGCAGGUCUUGUGUUGCUUGUAGAGGUCCAUACUUUUUGUUGGGUAAUUCACUUAAUUUCAUUUUGUGCAGGCCACAAAGUGUGUGGCUAUUUGGUAUGAACCUUGUGUUUCAGCCUAUCAUCUUUAUUAGCACUUGCGUGAAUGAGCACUUGAGGUGUAUUGAGUGAGGUUAUACAUAUGUUCUUAAAGGAGUUAGUGUGUCUGUCCAUUUUAUGGGCACAGGAAGGUGUGAUGUCUUUUGGACCAAACAGUAACCAAUUUUGUGUCCUUUUAAUUAUAAGCUUGUAUAUUUAAUAAAAAAAAUUUGCGAG